UUUGAAGAAGCAGUGGUUGGGAUGGGAGCUCGCCGCAUGCGGGAACUUUUUCGGCAAGCUCGCAGUUAUCCCCAAGGCUGUAUCGUCUUCAUUGAUGAAAUUGAUGCGAUUGGUCGUAAACGAUACUCUGCCAAUACUGGCCAUGCCGAACAGACUUUAAACCAAUUGUUAAAUGAACUGGAUGGCUUUCAUUCCCGUGACAAUAUUGUUAUCCUGGCCGCCACUAACUCCCUAAAUGUCUUGGAUAGUGCUCUUUUGCGGCCGGGUCGGUUCGACCGUCAAAUUUUUAUCCCUCUCCCUAACUUGAAAGGACGGCGGGAAAUUAUUAGACUUUGUGUCCGAAAACUGUCGCUCAAAUCCGAUGUUGAUUUGGAGGAAAUUGCCGCCAUGACUAAGGGGCUGAGCGGAGCCCAAAUCGCUAAUAUAUUUAAUGAGGCCUCUAUUUUAAGUAUCCGGCAAAAUAAAAAACUUGUUGAUUAUGAAAUGAUUUUUGAGGCCUAUGACCGAACCUUGAUGGGACCUUCCUUGACUAGCCAAACCCUCACCCCGGCCAAAAAAAGAAUAGUGGCCUAUCAUGAGGCUGGUCAUGCGGUGAUUGGGAUGAGUUUGCCAGAAACAAUUGUCAAAAAGAUUACGAUUAUUCCCCGCUGGUCCGCCGGUGGAUACACUUGA